AUGGUGGUAGAGGCUAUUCACAACUAUAAUCCAACAGUAAAGGUAACUAAAGUUAUUUGGGGACCACCAAAUACUAGUUGGGUUAAAGUCAACACUGAUGGAGCAUCAAAAGGAAAUCCAGGAAGAAGUUCCUGGGGUUUUUGUGUGAGAAAUAAUAAAGGGGAUGUCAUACAAGCUCAGGCUAAGGAGAUUGAUGAACCUUUAAUUACUAAUACACAGGCAGAAACAAUGGCACUCUUACAUGCUUUGAAGUACAUAGAUACAACACAACUAGACAAGGUGAUUAUAGAAACUGAUUCUCUAUUACUUAAAAACAUUGUGGAAAGAGUGUGGAAAGUACCAUGGAAGGUAGUGAAUAUUCUGGAGGAAAUAUGGAGGCUAAUGCAAGGAAAAACAGUGGUUAUAUCACACAUUUUCAGAGAAGGGAACAAACUAGCCGAUUACCUAGCUAACCUAGCUCUAGAGAAAGGGACUGUUCAGGUGAAUUGUUUUCAAGAAUUAGAAUCUCAAGGCAAGAGAAUAGUGAACAGUGAUAAACUAGUGGUACCAUAUCUAAGAAUCCGACAAUGCAGAAAAUAA